CAUUGCGGAAGUAGCGGUCAUAUGAUUCGUUUGAAGCAGCAUAAUGAGAGAGAAUGAGCAGGAAAACAAACCUUGUUGUAUUUUUGUUCAUUUCGUUCUGUGUUUUUGCUUGUUUGGGUGAUGAGACCUACUUUAUAGAUGAUGGUGGUGGAUUUGGACGGACAUUUGAUGGUAUUGGGGGUUUGAGUGGUGGUGGGGCAACAUCUCGCCUACUGGUUAGCUAUGCUGAGCCAUACAGGAGUCAAAUUCUGGAUUACCUUUUCAAGCCCAACUUUGGAGCUUCUUUACAAAUCCUAAAAGUUGAAAUUGGAGGUGAUGCACAGACGACAGAUGGUACAGAGCCGUCUCACAUGCACUAUCCGAACGAUGAGAAUUAUUUCAGGGGAUACGAGUGGUGGCUGAUGAGAGAGGCAAAGAAGAGGAAUCCUAACAUCACACUGAUAGGCCUGCCAUGGGCGUUUCCUGGAUGGGUGGGUCAUGGGGACAACUGGCCCUAUCACUAUCCUGAUAUUACGGCGUCUUAUGUUGUGUCCUGGAUUAUUGGAGCGAAGCAAUACCAUGACCUGGACAUUGAUUAUGUUGGGAUAUGGAAUGAAAGGAGUUUUAACAGCAAAUAUAUAAAGAUCCUGCGCUACACUCUGGAUAAGAGCGGCUUGGAGAGAGUCAAAAUCAUCGCCAGUGACAACUUGUGGGAGCCAAUCACACUAUUUGUGCUUCUGGAUCCUGAACUCAGGAGUGCUGUGGAUGUGCUUGGUGCUCAUUAUCCUGGAACAACCACCGUACCUGAAGCCUUGUUCCUGAAGAAGCAGCUGUGGUCUUCUGAAGACUACAGCACCUUCAACAAUGAUGUGGGAGGAGGCUGCUGGGCGCGAAUCCUCAACUGGAACUACGUCAACGGCAGGAUGUCUGCCACUAUUUCCUGGAACCUGGUGGCCAGUUACUAUCAGGAUCUUCCCUUUGGCAGAGAUGGGCUGAUGACUGCUCAAGAGCCAUGGAGUGGAAAUUAUGUUGUGGAAUCACCCAUUUGGAUAACAGCCCACACCACACAGUUUACUCAGCCUGGAUGGAAAUAUCUGCAGACUGUCGGACACCUGACGUACGGUGGGACUUAUGUAGCUUUGUCAGAUCAGAAUGGAAACCUGACUAUAGUAAUAGAGACAAUGACUCACAAUCACUCUGUGUGCAUCCGGCCUCCUCUGCGUCGUUAUAACGUCACACCGCAGAAAGCGACGUUCUCUUUAAAGGGGUCGUUUGCCUCAGUUAGUGAACUGCAAGUAUGGCAUUCGAAGUUUGAUUUCAAGACGAAAAAGCCCGUCUUCUUUCAAAAACUUGAUCCUGUGAAGGUAUCUAAUGGGACCUUCAGCUUGGACCUUGAUGUUGAUGAAGUUUACACAGUAACCACCAUUACCACAGGAUAUAAAGGGAGUUACCCAGAGCCUCCUCCUUCCGCUCCCUUCCCUAAAAAAUAUACAGACGACUUCAAUGUCAGGAACCCGUACUUCUCUGAGGCGCCACACUUUGCUGAUCAGACCGGAGUGUUUGAAUACUUCAUGAACCUGACGGAUGCCGGCGCUCACGUUUACACGCUGCGUCAGGUGCUCACUCAGAGGCCGGUAACGUGGGCAGCAGAUGCAGAUCAAACAGUCAGUGUCAUCGGAGAUUAUACCUGGCAGAAUCUGAGCGUCUCUUGUGAAGUGUACAUGGAGAACGAGUACACCGGAGGUGUGUUUGUGGCAGCGAGAGUGGAUAAAGGAGGAGGAUCGAUCAGAAACGCACGGGGAAUCUUCUUCUGGGUGUUCGCUGAUGGAACAUACAAAGUCACCAAUGACCUCAGUGGACAAAGUGUCCUGGCUGAGGGGUUGUCCGGAACCAGAGCUCAUGUUUGGUACACUCUGACUCUGACCAUCCAGGGUUAUUUUGCUUCUGGAGAGCUGAACGGCUACAUGCUGUGGAAGGACGCAAUCAUUUUGACACCUAAAAAUGGAUGGGCGGCUAUCGGCACGAGGACGUUCGAAUUGGCUCAGUUUGAUAACUUUGCAGUGCAAGCAGAGUAACAGCACAGUCUAGUCUUCAUUUUCUAUGAAGAACAAUAACAUGAGGAUUAUUGAGUUGGAAAUACUGAGACAUUUAACUUUUUUACAAGGUUGCCUCUUUUAAUUAAAAAAAAAAAUCCAGUUUGGCAUCACACUGGUGUGAUUUAACUUACUGAUGAAAUAGUCAGUGCGUUUACAUGCACAUCCAAAUCGAGCUGCUGUCGGUAAUCGAGCUAAGGGUCCCAGCAGGGGUGCCAGAGAAAUCCAAUCCUACAUGCACACAAGCAAAUCGAGCUAUUGUUAUGAGGUGCAUUGUGCACCCGAGCCACAGGUGGCGCUACACGCCCCCAUCGUGUUGGUACACUUCCGGUUGUCGUCAUGAAGAAGAGCUAUUCAAGAGUGUAAACAAAGUUAUCAGUUCCGUGUUCUCCAUUGCGUGUUUUUCUCCUGUCCAUGAAUUUUAAUGUAUUCAACUCCUUAAGCUGAAUGAGCAUGAACUCUGUCUCCUCAUUGCUCCAGAAGUGCACGUUUCUGCUCGCCAUUUUCUCUUCUUCGUUUGUUCCUCCUGACCUCUUCUGCUGCUCGCUACUACUGUUGUCAUGCCGACCGAGGCUGUUGUGUUUCCCGCUUGUGGUCUCGUCACUCGUCACUUCCGGAAGGGGCAGUGCUGAAGUAAGCAGCUCGACUACGUAGCUCGAUAGGGUUUACAUGCACUAAGUAGCUCGGCAAAAAUCGCAUAAUCUAGGUCGUGUAGCUCGAUUACGAGAAAUCAAGUUCGGUUCAAUUUCAGCCGAGCUAAGGUGUUUCCAUGGCAUUUAGAACUUCGAUUUCAGUCGAGCAACGGCAGAAAUUCGAUUUUCUCUAUGUGCAUGUAAACGCACUGACUGUGUGAGCAAGAGAGGUGUGUAAAUUGCACUGAAAUACAGAGUGUCCGUUGAAUGUUUUGCAAAUGAAAUGCCUUAACUGAAAAUAUUAAAAUAUCUUGAUGUA